CAGUAUUACAUGUGUCAUAGGAUCAUAUGCAUUGGAUGUAGGGCUACUACAUAUUCACUGACAAGAUGACAGUGUCAGAGGUCAUGAUUCUCGUCAAAAGAAGUCAAGGAAGUAAAUUAUUACCAAUUGACAAGAAGUACCAGGAAAUUCAGCACAUAUGUGCUUAGCUGUUAUUCAGCAUACUUCACAUUUCACAGACUUGGAAUAUUUCCUGCUUGCUGACUUUUGACUUUUUUGGCUGUCUGGAGUGACGUGCCUUACCCAUCGGCCCAACCCAUUAUCAGUAUCAACCCAAACAAAGCACAAUGCUAUGCAAAAGUCAAGGAACAUGUCUAUCUUUCUGGCUGUUUGAAAACACAAACAAAGCUUUGCACGGACCCCGACUCUUAACCCCGUUUUAAUGAGCGCAACCUUGGAAGUGCCUUUGUAACGCCUCUGUUUGGCAGUCCGGCGCCCCUCAGAGCCGGGGCAUGCAGGGGAGGGUGUAAAAGGACUGUGGCUCAUUCCAGUUAGGCCUUAGACCUACAGGAGCGCACACACAAGACACACAAGUGUUGUUCCUCCCUAACCUGUUUGCCUUUUAAAGAAGCCUGCCAAAAUGUUGUCGCGGACACUUGUUGUUUCCUUGCUUUUUGCUGUAGCUGGUGUUGUUUUAUCUGCACCAGUGAAAGAUGGACAAGACUCAGAUGAACCAGGCAGUGAGACCGCAUCAAGCUCAGAGACCACCGAGGAUGCAGACAAAGUUGUCAAAGGAGAAAACCGUGAUGGUCUGACCCCUAGAAGUCCAGCCCAAAAAGACUCAGGAAUCACAGAUGGGAAAGACUCAGCUGAGGACGUUACAGGUGCAGACUCAGCUGACACCACAAAUCAGCCAGACAAGAGCUCAGAAGAGGAGUCAGACGCUGGGGACAAAGACCAAAAGGCCAAAGACAAAGACGCUGAAAUGAAGGACGAAGACAAAAAGGCCCAAGACAAAGACGCCAAAGCCAAGAGCUCCGGCAGCCAGGAGGCAGUGGCCUCCACCAAAGAAGAUGGAGAUGAAGACGACAUUAAGAGCAGCCAGGAGAUGCACGACAGCGCCAGCCAAGACUCAGAGUACGCCACCAAGGAGGAGAGUGAGGAGGAGAAGAGCGCUGAGUCAUUGGACGACAAAGAGAGCAAGAACGCCAGCAAGAAAGACAAAGACAGCAUGGAGGGCAAAUCAGAAGAGGAUGCAGACAAAGUUGACUAGAGGAUACAUCAGAGUCCAUCUCAAAAAGGAAAGCAUGGAGAACAGCACUGAGGCAGAUUCCACAAGUAAGGACUGACUGGAAGUUUUAACACCUCCUGUAAUUCAGCAUGGCAACAUCGUGGACAUGGUGUCUGUCAGGGUUUUUGGACUGCUAUACCCUUCAUGACCCUGUGGGGUCCUCAGUGUUCCUGUUUUGUCUUUCACAUGUGUGUUGGCUUUAUUGUUUCAUUGAGUUCACCUGUGCCUUGUUUGUUACCCUUUAUAAGCCACCUGCUUUUCCGUGUGUUUGCAGAGUCUUGAAACUGACACCCUACGGUUAGGUUGAGUAAGUUGCUCUGAGAAUCGCUGCCUUUGAUGCUAACUGCUGUUUUGAGUCCUUUUGUUUUUGUGUUCCUUUUGUUUCCCGUUUUUGGGAUAUCCUUAGUUGACACUGUUAAAAUUGCCCAGACUAUAUUUUUAGAUGUCUGGAAGUAUUUUGAGUUGCUGUUCUAACUGUGGGGAAACUUCUGCCUGACUCAAGUAAAGAAACCUUUUUUGAUUCUACCCAA